AUGGAUCCUAUAUCUGCCUUGAGCGUGGCAUGCGCUGUUUUUCAGUUUGCCGACCUCGGCGCCAAAAUUCUGACGAAAGGGCGUGAGCUCUACCAGUCUCACUCAGGGGCUUUAGAAAGGCACGCUGAGCUCGAGAAAUGCGCUGAGCAGUUGAGCGCCUUGGUCAAUGAAUAUUCCAAGGGGGCAAAUGCGCUUCCUGAAGCCCUGGGGAAAGGUAUGGAGGAUAUCAUCGAUGAGUGCAAUUUGACUGCUGGGUUAUUGUCAAGUCUAUUGAAUGGCUUGAAAAUUCCAGAGAAGUCUAAGGGUAUUUUGAGGGUAUUUAGAGCCGGGCGACAGGCGGUCCGAACGGCGGUCCGACAAUCGCAAAUCGAUGAACUUAAUGACAAGAUGAUGGAUCUACGGGAGAAGUUACAAGCCUAUAUGUUGGCAGUACUACAAAAUCAAUCAUCUUCGACACAAGAGACGCUCAAGAAGCUUUCGUCAGAUAGCGCGCAAAGGGAAAACAAUAUUGCAUCCCAGCUGAACGACAUGAGAAGGGAGAUGCUCAGUAUUCUCCAAAAGCCAGAUAGCUCGCUCUUUCUUGCCUCAGAUCUUGAGAAGCUUGUCCCAGUCCUUUCCAACCUAGUGGACGAAAGCCGAGCAGUGACUUGCAAAACUGAGAUCCUGUCGAGCCUUUACUUCCCGGAGAUGAAGGAAAGAUAUGAUCAAAUCAGAGACUCAGAAUACUCCUUUGAGUGGAUUCUUGGGUCAGGCAGAUGCAACGAUACAUCGGUACCCAGGGUGUACUUUGUGGAUUGGUUACAUAGCCAGAAGGCAAACGAUAACACAUACUGGAUAAGUGGGAAACCAGGCUCUGGGAAAUCGACUCUAAUGAAGUUCUUAUACAAUCACGAUCAGACACGAGCAAUUCUCAAAGAGUGGGCUGGCCAGCAAAAGCUUGUCAUCAGUGGGUUUUACUUCUGGAUAUCUGGCGGAUCACGGCUACUGAAGUCCCAGCUAGGCCUUCUCCGAUCACUCGUUUUCGAAGUGUUCUGGCAUAUGCCAGAGGUUAUCGAGUACGCGUGUCCGGAAAGAUACGCUAAGGGUCUCAAGCCGAUGCAAUAUGGCUCGCUAGCAUGGACACUCAAUGAGCUACUAGAAGCUCUAAAAAGAGCCACAACAAAUGCUCAGAGUAACACCCGCUUCUGCUUCUUCAUUGAUGGACUGGAUGAGUGUGACGGUUAUCCUCAGGCCAUGGUUGACCUAAUCCGAGACCGCUUUCCAAAGUCGCCGGACAUAAAAUUCUGCCUUGCCAGUCGAAAGUGGAAUGCUUUCAUCGACGAGUAUGGUGACGUACUAGGAGAAAGGGAGAUCCCCAGACAUCUCUAUCUAGAAGAUUUGACACAAACAGAUAUCCGAAGAUACGUUCAACGGCGACUCCAAGCCCAGCGGCGCUUCCAGCAAUGGCAUAGGGGGGACCCUGUUUCGAGCAAAAGGCUCAUUGAAGACGUCGUUAAAAAGGCGGAAGGAGUGUUUCUUUGGGUCACUCUUGUGGUCGAGUCUCUUAUAAGAGGAGUCCAGAACAAAGAUCAUCUGGCCACACUGCAAGACAGACUGGAUAAAAUCCCCAGUGAACUGCCGGAUUACUUCGCCCACAUGCUGCGUAACGUUGAGGACAUAUAUAAGGUGGACGCAGCUAAGAUAUAUCAAAUCAUGCUAAACACGACAGAGCAACCAUAUCUUCUCCUAUUUUCGUACCUGUGGGAGCGUGAUCCACAAUUCGGGACUGUCAUGGAAACCAAGCCAUUCUCAUUACGCGACAUAAACGGGAUGAAUGAUGAUUUACGUGUUCGACUUAAUGCACGCUGUACCGACUUGCUUGACAUUGUCAAAGACUCCAGGGUCCACAUCAUGUGGGAAUCCAAAGUGGCUUUCUUGCAUCGGACAGUGCGUGAUUACAUGAGAAGUGCGGAAGCACAGGAAAUUCUGGGAAAGUGGCUCAGCCAAUCCAAGGCUCAUACAAGCUUCAACCCAGAUGCGUAUAUCUGCCAAUCGGCUGUAGCGCAUAUCAAACGCGCCCCACGGAAACCGCAGUAUCUCUCUGAACAGGGACGUGUCAGUCAGCUCGUGAAUCAGUUCGCUUACGCCGCCAGGAGAAUUCAAAAAUCAUUGGGAGACCCUCAGAUCGAACUUAUGAACUCAUUAGAAACAACACUAAACGACUAUCGUCAGUCACAGCGUCUCCAUGCAACUACUUACCACACAUCCUUCUGGUAUAGCAAAGCGAGCUUCCUUCAAUGGGCGGAGAAAGAACAAUUAGACCUAUAUGUCUCGUAUAGACUUAGCAAGGAUCCGGCCGGAGAAGAGGAUCUAAAUGAACCAAGAUUACUAAGACGAAGGCAGACCUUUGACGAGCCUGAACCAAAGAACAACCGAACAAAGUCUCAGCGGAGAAUGUAA